GCGAGCUGAAGUAAGGGUCAUCGAUUGGGCGUUACCGGACAAUUAGCAAGUUUUCCCAAGCAAAGAGUUCGCUGUGAGUGUGUUUCAGUCCAACAUGGCAGGAGAAUCGCAGAAGAUGGAGGUUCCUCCUCUUUACACCGAGAUGCGUCGUUCUAAGUUCAUUUGGCGCUCUGUUCUCAUCUUCAAUCUCGCUCUUGGAGCAUACAUAUUUAGCAGACCAGUGAAGAAAGACUCACGAGGAAAAGAAAUAAUAGCUACAAGUAAAGACAUGACUGUCCCCCCUGAGACAAGUGCUCCGGCUGAGACAACUACUCUGGAUUAUGAUGAAGUUAUCUUCUUUCCCACUGAGCCUGAGAAGGUACCAGGGUCUAAUGCAUUUCCGGGGCAGGGUUAUUCUCGCAGAACCAAGGCACAGCAAGGGGAGCUGUGAUUUAGGAAGUUGCUGUGUUGGGGAAGUCAAGUUUUAGGAAUCUUUGUAUUUUUAAUCAUUAGUUUUGAAAUCCUUGUAUUAUGCUAUAGAAUGGGGAGCUAGUUACAAUAAUAGCAAGCAGAAUUUUAAUCUGGAAAACGGAGUUUUGGGUCAGCUGGUUCUUGCUCUUUGGUUAAGGGCUCUGUUCAAGGAACACAAAAGGAAAACAAAACGAAGAAUAGCAGCUGGCAAAGAGAAACAAAAUAGGGAUAUUGGGAGAGAAGAGAAAGAUUAAUGCUGUUCAAGAUUGACAGAUGUACUGAACUGCAUUUCUUCAAUUGCAUUUUUUGUUUGAGAGAAAUACUACAGGAAAGAGAGGAAGCAGAAAGUAGGAGAAGAGCCAAAAAUUUUCACUAGCUACUUUUCCUGGUUUUACAGAGUGUUGAUUCCUGUUUGUGCGAUUAUCCUUGUAUUCUCAAAUUAGUUGAAUGUAAAUCUUCCUAAUUUUUGUUGAUGGAAGAGAAUAUCAGAAACCCAAAGUUAGAAUUGUC